ACUUCGCGGAAUCUCCGCGUUAGGAGGCGGGGGCCUCUGUUUUGCUUUGAGGCGCCUCGGUUCGCCCCUCUCGGGAAGGAGGAAGCCGGGCGAGGCACCCCGACCGCCGCGGCCGCCGGCCGAACGACCGAGGACCUGACACAUCAAAAUUUUCCCUCUGUGCUUCUCUUCCUCCGUGGUCAGAGGGUGCAGUCAAGAUGUCUGACAGCGAAGACAGCAACUUCUCCGAAGAUGAGAGCGAGCGUAGCAGCGAGCCUGAGGAGGUGGAGGAGAACGAGGCAGAAGAGCGGGCCAGCGUCGUAGGAAGCGAGAAAGAAGAAGCAGAGGAGGAAGAGGAGGAGGAAGAGGAAGAAUACGACGAGGAGGAAGACGAAGAUGAUGAUCGGCCUGCAAAAAAACCCAGACAUGGAGGCUUUAUUUUGGACGAAGCUGAUGUUGAUGAUGAGUAUGAAGACGAAGAUCAGUGGGAGGAUGGAGCAGAGGACAUCCUGGAAAAAGAAGAAAUCGAAGCCUCCAACAUUGACAAUGUGGUGCUGGACGAAGACCGUUCCGGAGCCCGGAGACUGCAGAACUUGUGGAGGGACCAAAGAGAAGAAGAGCUGGGCGAGUAUUACAUGAAGAAAUAUGCCAAGUCUUCCGUGGGCGAGACUGUGUAUGGUGGCUCCGAUGAGCUUUCUGAUGACAUUACACAACAGCAGCUGCUUCCGGGAGUCAAGGACCCCAAUCUUUGGACGGUGAAAUGUAAGAUUGGAGAGGAGCGUUCCACCGCGAUUGCCCUGAUGAGGAAGUUCAUCGCCUACCAGUUCACGGACACACCCUUGCAGAUCAAAUCGGUGGUGGCUCCUGAGCACGUGAAGGGCUAUAUCUACGUGGAGGCUUACAAGCAGACCCACGUCAAGCAGGCCAUCGAAGGGGUGGGCAACCUCCGGAUGGGCUACUGGAACCAGCAGAUGGUGCCCAUCAAGGAAAUGACCGACGUCCUGAAGGUGGUGAAAGAGAUGACCAACCUCAAGCCCAAAUCUUGGGUGCGACUCAAGAGGGGAAUCUACAAAAGCGACAUCGCUCAGGUGGAUUACGUGGAGCCAAGCCAGAAUCAGAUUUCGCUCAAGAUGAUUCCGCGCAUCGAUUUCGAUCGCAUCAAAGCUCGAAUGAGCCAGAAAGAUUGGGUGGCGAAAUGGAAGAAAUUCAAGCGUCCCCCACAACGGCUCUUCGAUGCGGAAAAGAUCCGAUCUUUGGGUGGUGACGUGGCCUCCGAUGGGGAUUUCCUCAUCUUCGAAGGGAAUCGCUACAGCCGGAAAGGGUUCCUCUUCAAGAGCUUCGCCAUGAUGGCUGUGAUCACCGAUGGAGUGAAGCCCACUUUGUCCGAGCUGGAGAAAUUUGAGGACCAGCCUGAAGGGAUCGACUUGGAGGUGGUGACCGAGAGCACAGGGAAGGAACGGGAACACAACUUCCAGCCGGGAGACAACGUGGAGGUGUGCGAAGGGGAGUUGAUCAACCUGCAGGGGAAGAUCCUGAGUGUGGACGGGAACAAGAUCACCAUCAUGCCCAGGCACGAAGACCUCAAGGAUAUGCUGGAGUUCCCAGCUCAGGAGCUGCGCAAAUACUUCAAAAUGGGAGAUCACGUGAAGGUCAUCGCCGGGCGCUUUGAGGGCGACACAGGGUUGAUUGUCCGUGUGGAGGAGAACUUCGUCAUCCUUUUCUCUGACCUGACGAUGCACGAGCUCAAAGUUCUCCCCCGAGACCUUCAACUCUGCUCCGAGACGGCCUCUGGUGUGGAUGUGGGUGGCCAGCACGAGCUGGGAGAACUAGUGUUGCUGGACCCCCAGACCGUCGGGGUCAUCGUGCGUCUCGAACGGGAGACCUUCCAGGUCCUGAGCAUGAACAACCAACUGGUGACUGUGCGGCAUCAGGCGGUGAAUCGGAAGAAGGACAAUCGCUUCGCGGUCUCCCUGGACUCGGAGCAGAACAACAUCCACGUAAAGGACAUUGUGAAGGUCAUCGAAGGUUCUCAUUCGGGCCGCGAGGGGGAGAUUCGGCACCUCUUCCGGGGCUUUGCUUUCCUGCACUGUAAGAAGCUGGUGGAGAACGGAGGGAUGUUCGUCUGCAAGACGAAGCACUUGAUUCUGGCGGGGGGCUCCAAGCCCCGGGAUGUCACCAACGUCACGGCUGGUGGCUUCGUGCCCAUGAGUCCACGGAUGAACAGCCCUAUGCAUCCCAGCUCUGGAGGGCCACGGGGCGGCUUUGGCGGUGGCGGAAUGAACCGAGGCCGUGGGCGCAGGGAUAACGACCUCAUUGGACAGACGGUGCGGAUUUCCCGAGGGUCUUACAAAGGCUACAUCGGUAUGGUCAAGGAUGCCACGGAAUCCACCGCCAGGGUAGAGCUGCACUCCACAUGCCAGACCAUCUCAGUGGAUCGGGAACAUCUGACGAUCGUAGAUUCCAAAAAGCCAUCUGGCAUGCCCUCUGGCUAUGGACGGACCCCCAUGUAUGGAUCCCAGACACCUAUGUAUGGCUCGGGCUCCCGCACACCCAUGUAUGGGACCCAGCAUGAUGGAAACCGGACGCCGCACUACGGUUCCCAAACACCCUUACAUGAUGGCAGCCGGACACCUGCCCAGAGCGGCGCCUGGGAUCCCAACACCCCUUCGAGGCCAGAGGAAGAAUUUGACUAUGGUUUCGACGACGAGCCCACGCCUUCUCCCCAAGGCUAUGGAGGAACCCCCAACCCACAGACUCCAGGCUAUCCAGACCCUUCUUCCCCGCAGGUUAAUCCUCUGUACAACCCUCAGACGCCCGGAACCCCAGCCAUGUAUAACACCGACCAGUUCUCUCCGUACGCCGUCCCGUCUCCUCAGGGCUCCUACCAACCGAGUCCCAGCCCUCAAAGUUUCCACCAAGUGGCACCCAGCCCUGUGGGCUACCAGAACACCCACUCACCUGCCAGCUACCACCCGACUCCUUCGCCAAUGGCUUACCAGGCUAGCCCCAGCCCCAGCCCAGUGGGCUGUAGCCCUAUGACCCCGGGGGCUCCUUCCCCAGGAGGUUACAACCCUCACACCCCUGGCUCCGGGAUUGAGCAGAGCUCCAGCGACUGGGUCACCACCGAUAUCGAGGUCAAAGUGCACGACACGUACCUGGACAGCCAUGUGGUGGGGAAGACCGGAGUCAUCCGUAGCGUGAAUGGUGGGAUGUGUUCGGUCUACGUUAAGAAAUGUGAAAAGGUAGUCAGCAUUUCAAGCGAACACCUGGAACCUGUGACACCAGCCAAGAACGAUAAGGUCAAAGUCCUCUUGGGAGAAGACCGCGAAGGGACGGGGAUGUUGCUGAGCAUUGAUGGGGACGAUGGCAUCGUCCGCAUGAACCCAGAAGAGCAGCUCAAAAUUCUCAACUUGCGUUUCCUGGGCAAACUCGUAGAAGCUUAGCAGGGCGGAGAACAAGAGUGGGGUGUGAUUAGGGGGGCUUUGUUACAUUUUAUUCCCUCUUUUUUCACUUAGCCGGUUGCCUCCCAACCGCGCACCGUCAAGGCUUUGUACAGAUUUGCUCCUGAGGAAGGUUUAUUUUUCUUUGCGCGUCUGCGAGUUUCUUCCUGCUGCCUAUUUUUCCCAGCGCUGCGGGUGACUGCUUGGGUGAGGGACAAUCUUGCAAUUGUCUUAUGAAGUGACUUCAGCAGAAGAGCUGCCGCCAGUGGAGAACUGUGCCCGGCUGUUUCCCAAACCCUCUUCCGUAGCACUUUAUGGCCUCUUCAGCACCAAAACAUCCAACCCUUAAAACAUCCAAUUUGUUUCAAUAAAAUCAUCUCAUAAAA